ACACAGCCGUUUAACAAGACAAUACAGUUUGGUUUAUCUUGUCUCCUGUUGGAGACUCCUCAAAGAAGUGAGCCGAGUAACAAUGCUUUGAGUAACCAUGGUAACGAUCACGGUAACCAUGGCAACGAUUCAGAGCAGAACUGUAACACGUCUAGUAAUGCAUGUAAACGACGUUUAGGUGCUCGUCCGAUCAAGAAACUGUCAACUUUUUUAUCAAAUGUUUCCAAGCAACCUCUCUCUCCUAAAACUACUUCCAACAAACCAGUUGUACAUACUUUUCCGGACAAAAAACAAACCCCAACUGUGUCAGCCCAUCGCGCUGUUCCUCGGUAUAAUGGCAAUAUGUCCAACGGAACUGCUUCGAAAAUUCCUGCAAACAAGAAGAAUAUAGUGUCCCCUGAACAAAUUACCCAUGGUAAUCCAGAAGGAGGAAUAACGCGUGAAAUGUGUGAGCUGGCACGGUGGGGCUUACCUCCUAGUGUUCUGUCUCGUUACCACCAAGCGGGGAUAACCCACAUGUUCACCUGGCAGGCAGAGUGCCUGUCUCUGAACGGUGUCCUCUCUGGUAAGAACCUGGUGUACUGUGCCCCCACUUCUGCCGGCAAGACUCUUGUAGCGGAGCUGUUGUUGCUGAAGCGAGUCUUGGAGACAAAACAGAAGGUCUUGUUCAUCCUGCCAUUCGUUAGUGUAGCUGGGGAGAAAACAUCUUAUUUGGAGGGGAUACUACAGGGUACGGGACUUAAAGUGGGUGGCUUUUUCGGAUCUAAAGGUCCUCCAGGGGGUAUGAGCAAAGUGGAUGUAGCAGUUUGCACUAUAGAGAAAGGUAACAGUAUAGUUAAUAGAAUGAUGGAGAAAGGGGAGCUAGGAGAGAUAGGAUGCGUGGUGGUAGACGAGGUUCACAUGGUGGGAGACUCCUCACGGGGGUAUCUUCUAGAACUCCUCCUCACCAAACUCCUCUACCACUCCAGGCAAGAAAACUCGUCCUCUUCCUCCCUACAGAUAGUGGGAAUGAGUGCUACCCUCCCUAACCUGGACCUACUGAGCCGGUGGCUGGACGCAGCACUUUACACUACAGACUUUAGACCAGUUCCCCUGACCCAGCUGGUGAAGAUAGGGAACAUUGUGCACGACUUAACAGGGAAACCAGUCAGAGAACUCCCAUCCCUUCCUCACGAACAUAUCACAUUCCUUUGUCAGGAAGUCCUCCAGUCUGGACACAACGUCCUUAUAUUCUGUUCUACUAAAGCUUGGACUGAGAAACUCUGUGAUCUGAUAGCAGGUACUCUACUCAACAAAACCCCCGCUUUAGACCAGACCUUGGUGUUGAACGCGGAGGGUUUAAAGGAGAUAUCUCAGCAGCUGCGCAGGUUGCCCAUGACUGUGGACCCUGUGUUAGAGCGGUGUGUGAGACGUGGCAUUGCAUACCAUCACGCGGGGCUGACUAUUCAGGAGAGAGAGGUGGUAGAAGCAGGGUUCCGGAGAGGUGUUAUCAGGGUCCUGAUAGCCACCAGUACUCUGAGUGCGGGAGUUAACCUUCCUGCUAGACGAGUCAUAAUCAGGUCCCCAAAGUUCGGUCCUUCUUACAUGUCACCCCUGGUGUACCAACAGAUGUCAGGGAGAGCGGGGAGGAUGGGGGUUGAUGAGGCGGGGGACUGUGUUCUUAUCUGUACACCUCAGGAAAGGGGCGCUAUCGACAAGAUCGUAUCUAAUGUCAUAGAUCCUGUAUCUAGCUGUUUGGGCGGGAACAGACUUGGAGCUGCAAUGAAGAGAGCAAUGUUAGAGAUAAUCGCUGGUGGGAUAGUUUCUAAGACUCAUGAGGUUACUGAGUACUUUCAGAGCACCUUGUUGGCGGCAGAACAGAAACACUGCCCUGAAAUAUUAACUUCAGCUCUAGAAUUUCUAGUGGAAUAUGAGUUCAUAUCUAAGCAGGAGAACUCUGAAGGUGAAAUGGUUUACACGGCGACAAAGUUAGGUUUUGGUACCUUGAACUCAGCCCUUCCACCCGAAGAGGCUCUAGAUCUGCUAUCUCAUCUUGUGAAAGCGAGACGGAACUUUAACUUGGAGUCUGAACUGCAGCUGGUUUUUGAAGUUACUCCGUUAUCUGUUUCAAGGAACUGGGCAACCCCAGAUUGGCUUUCUUUCCACACAAUGUGGUCUAACCUGUCUCCUGCCUACAAGAGAGCAGGUAACAAUGUGGGUGUUGAUGAAGGGUACCUGGUUGGGGCUGCCUCUGGGCACGCCCCUACUCGAACAGAACAGCAGAAACUUAAAUUUCAGAUUCACUUGCGCUUCAUUGCUGCCCUGGCGUUAUUAGAGUCGAUCGAGGAGGUACCCAUAGAUCGGAUAGCUAAUAAAUACUCCACCAACAGAGGUCUGCUCCAAUCCUUACAAACAGCCGCCUCCUCAUACGCCGGCCAAGUUGCCGUGUUCUGUGAGAGACUGGGGUUCAGAACUCUGGGACUAUUGCUAUCUGAUCUACAAGUGAGGCUGUUCAGUGGGGUACAGAAGGAGUUGUGUGAUCUGGUCAGAGUACAGCUUCUCACUGGACCUCUAGCCAGGGUACUGUACAAUGAAGGGUACACUGGUGUUGCUAAACUCUCCCUCGCUGAUCCAGAGACAAUAAAAACACUGCUACAAGGAGUGUUGCCUUUUAAAGACAAGGAGGAGACUAAGGAGAGGAGUUGGUUAGAUAAGAGACAUGGUCUUACUGAGCUGGAGGCUGCUACUCUCAUGAUAGAGAGUGCUAAGGAGCUCCUGCAGGAGGACCUGGCUCAGAUGGACUUCAAGGUGGACUUGUCGGACAUUCUUAAAACUAAAGAUAAGAAGAAAAAGUCACAUAGGACGAGUAAUGCUCUUUAUCAGGGUGAGGUUGGGGAAUCUUCCCGCAGUAGGGUAGGAGAAACACUUCGGAAUAGGGCUAGUGCUGUUAAAGACUUGACAUCAUCUGUUCUGGAGAUUCCUGAUAUCCUCACCCCUCACAGACCAACUCAAUCUGUAAUACUUAGAGCGUCCUCUAAGCGGAAAUCCAGUUUUGGUGGAGCACUAGGAGAGGGCCAGAAACAAUCUAGUAAAGCUGAAACUGUUAGAAUUAACGAUCUCGACAUUUCUUCUUCAUUCGACGAAUUCAAUUUGUCCGCCUGGGAUUUUCUUGAAGUAGAUAAAGAUUUGCUGGCCAGCGUAGAGAAGGAUGCUAAAAAGGAGUCUCCUAAACGAAAGAGUAUGAGUCCCCGCAAAUUAUCCUCUAAAAAGCAGAAAAUAGGGAGCCCAGCUAAAUCGCCUCUGAAAUUUAAAACAAUUCCCGACAAACCAGUUGAAAUCAAAGUAAGACAGGUUUUAUCUUUUACAGAGGAUGAUAAGCAUAGUAUCAGUAGUCUGGAUACAGUGGAACCAGUACCAAUGAGGGGACCAGGAGAGGUUGUUAGUUUGGCAGAUGAUGACAUGACUCUCCCUCCUCUCCUCCCUUCUCCUCCUCACUCUCCUGCUACUACGCAACCUGACUCUCCUCUUAUCACUGUGAGUAAUUCAGCAGGUGAGGCUCCUUACGCCACCCCUCUCAAGAGAAUAGCUACAAGACUAAACUGUGUUGAGUCACCCUCUACAUCUAGCUAUUCUAUUGUAGAUGUUUCAGGGGACCGGGGCUUGUUUGAUGUUUUUGUUGAGGAACUGAGAAGUAAGUCUCAGUACUCCAUAUCAGUAGCGUGGGAUCACGUGAUGGCUCAGGAACAGUUCUCCGCCAAUAAUACCCUCUCUUUUGCUGAGAGUAUCGGAGAGCAGCUCAACAGUGUGGAGAGUGCUCAAGUUGUAGGGAUUGCUUUCUGUUGGGGUGGUAUGGAAAGUUAUUACGUUAGUUUAAAGGAGGAUGUAGAAGAGCCUGAGUUAUCAGGUUGUACUCCAAUGAUACAUCCUGAACUAUCUCUGGAGAUGAGGGUCCAGACUUUAUCUGAUAUUUUACAACAGGUCUCAUUGGACACCAGCUCUAUUUUAGACAUGUCGUUAAACGAAAGUAGCGCAUGCGAGAGUAGAUAUCAGAGAAUAGGGUUCGAUAUCAGGACUCAAUGGAAACUUCUAGCAACUUCCCUUGACAUCUCUAUAGAAGAAGAUGUGAGGGACUGUAAGGUAGCGGCCUGGUUACUCGACCCUACACUUUCAAACCCUAACAGUGUGUCUCUAGUGACACAAUACAUCCCUGAAGUUGCUAAGAAGUGUGGGAUGAGAGACAGCUGUGUUCCAGUGUUCAGUACUCCUCGAGUAAGGGCUGCUUUAGACGCCUUGUUAGCUUGGCACCUCCACUGUAAGUUAGAAGUUGAACUUAAGAAUAAGAACUUGCUUGUAUCUUACAAAGAAGUAGAGUGUCCCUGUAUUCGUGUUCUAGCUCGUAUGGAGCUAAACGGGUUUGGGUUUUCUGUUGAAGAAUAUGGAAAUCAGAGACAGCUGAUGCAGGCACAUAUGGAGCGGCUGGAAAAACUAGCUUAUAAAUUAGCCCACACUACUUUCUCCCUUUCCUCCCCUAGUGAGCUGUCAGAAGUACUGUUCAGCAAACUUCACCUGCCACCACACGAUCCUAAUAAACCAGCUCCUAGAUGCACAGAGCGCAGGAGGAAGUUCUUCAGCACCAACAAGGAGGUGCUAACUCGCCUGUCUCCCCUCCACCCGCUACCCGCAGUAGUGCUAUUAUGGAGGAAGAUAUCCAGUGCUCUGAGCAGGACUAUGUUGCCACUUCAGUCUGCCAUCGUCAUGUGUACAGGUCUGAAAAUGAACAGGGUACACUCAAUAUCUGAAACUUACUCCUCUACUGGACGAGUCAGUUUUAGGGAGCCUAACGUUCAGAACAUCAACAAGGAGUUUGCACUAGACUUUCCUGAACAAAUCAAAGUGACAGACAGUAGCUUUACAGCAGGGAGCGCAUGUUUGCGCAGUAUGUUUGAAGCGUGUGAUGGUUGUGUGUUAGUUGCUGCUGAUUACUCUCAGUUAGAACUGAGAAUAUUAGGGCACAUGAGCGGGGAUAAGAAGUUAAGAGACCAGCUGAACAGCGGAGGAGAUGUGUUUAAAGCAGUGGCAGCUGGGUGGAAACAGUGUUCUGUCUCCGAUGUGACCCCCGAGCAGAGAGCUCAUGCUAAGCAGAUCUGUUAUGGUAUCUUGUAUGGAAUGGGGUCUGUGAGUCUGGCUAAAGAGUUGGGCUGCUCUGAGAAAGAGGCAAGGGAGUUUGUGGAGGCGUUUAAAAACAGAUACCUCGGUCUGAGGAACUACAUCACCAAAACAGUUAAUAUGUGCCAGAAGAAAGGAUACGUGGAGACGAUCUUACACAGAGUGCGCUUCCUACCCAACAUAUACAGUGAUCAGCCCGGAGUGCAGGCGCAAGCGCAGCGCCAGGCAGUCAACACCACCAUACAGGGAUCUGCUGCUGACAUUGUGAAGGUGGCCAUGGUGAAUAUUGACAGACAACUCCUGGACAAAUAUCCUGACACCGCCAUAACCCACUCCCAGAGACCAGACGUCGUCCUGACUGCGCAGCAUCGUGCCCGGGCAGCGCCGCGUGGCGCUUACUUGGUUCUUCAGCUUCACGACGAGCUGAUCUACGAGGUCAACUCACAAGAUUUAAAAUCUGUUGCUAAGCUCAUAAAAGAGGAGAUGGAGAAUGCUCUGAUCCUGAAAGUUAAACUGCCAGUGAAAUUGAAAGUGGGAAAGAGAUGGGGUGAAAUGGCUGAUUAUGAACUAAACUCCUAAAUUAUUUAAUGAAAUGUUUGAUUAUAUAAUGUUUGCUACAUUCUUGAAUUUUUAAUCGAUCGGGCACUGUUUUUAAGAUAAGCAUUGAUAAUAAGUAGUGUUUGGAUAUUUAUUUUGUUUUGUAGUGUUGAAUAUUUAUUUUCUCUCCAUUUUCAGAUAUUUGUCUAUCCCGCUUUACACUUGAUGUGUAUAAACUCAUAAACAUCAUAAAUGUAUUUAUAGAUCAGAUUUUCAAAGUUUUUAAAAGCAAGUUUUUCAAUUAUUUUUAAUUAUUUUAAAAGUUUGAUGUUUGUUCCGUUCUAAAUCGUGUUUUUUUUCAAAAGUGAGUCGGUAAAAAUCAUGAAAUCCUCUUUUUAUC